AUUCAGUCAGUAUGGGACUCUGUCAACUUCCUCUUGUGCUCUUGCUGAUUUUAAACAUCCACUCUGGACAAACUGAAGAAAGACCAAAAGCCAAAGUGAGCAUUAAACCUGAUCAACAUGUAUUCAGAGGAGAGACAGUCACUCUCAGAUGUGACAUUGAUGGUGAAGGAGUCACUAGCUGGAAGUACAGCUGGUAUAAAGACGGUUCAGACAGUGUUUUCAGUGAACUACAGGAACACACAUUCAGUUCUGUUACUGAGUCUGACGCAGGUAAAUACUCCUGUUAUGGAGCAGAGAGAGGAGGAUCACGAACAUCAAACUUCAGUGAUGAAGUUACAAUGACAGUAUCAGAUGAGUUUGAUCAACGCUUCAUAAACACACACAAGUUUAACAUGUUAUUAAUGAGUGAUUUCUGUAUUUCAGAUAGACCCAGACCAGUUUUAAGUGUUUCUCCACAGAAGUGGUUGACUGAAGGAGAUCCAGUUACUCUGAUCUGUGAGGUUAAAGACUCCUCUACAGGCUGGACAUUCAGCUGGUUCACUGUAUCUCUUUCAUCAGAAAACAGUCAUCAUUAUGAGCUGCUCUCAGACAGCAGCAGAGGAGCUGGAGGAAACUACACGGUCAGUUCUGUCGAUCAGAUACACACAGGAGUUUAUGUGUGCAGCGCAGAGAGAGGAAAACCAGUCUAUAAAACAACCUACAGCAACAAACAGCCACUAUGGGUCACCGGUGUUUCUCCUCCAGUCUCUCUGAUCAUCAGUCCCAACAGAACUCAACACUUCACAUUGAUCUCUCUCUCUCUGAGCUGUGAGGACCAGAGUAACUCUGAUAGAUGGACAGUGAGAAGAUACACAGACAAAUGGGGGCUGGAAGAUUGUUUACUAUCACGCUGGGGAUCACAAAAAGGAUCUACGUGUAAAAUCAUGUCCACUGACCCAUCAUACACUGGAGUGUACUGGUGUCAGUCUGAAUCUGGAGACAGCUAUAACCUUGUCAAUAUCUCUGUGCAUAUUGGUGUGAUUCUGGAGAGUCCUGUUCAUCCUGUGACUGAAGGAGAUUCUCUGACUCUACGCUGUUUAUAUCCAUAUGCAAGCCCACCAAUCCUCAGAGCUGAUUUCUAUAAAGAUGGAUCACUCAUCCAGAAUCAAACUCCAGAGAUGAUCAUCUCUAAUGUUUCAAAGUCAAAUGAGGGUUUCUACUACUGCAAACACCCAGAGAGAGGAGAGUCACCCAAGAGCUGGAUCUCAGUCACAGAAGUCUCAAAUGAAUCCUGCUGUAUAUGUGAAUAUAGUGCUUGA